CUGAACUGUGAUUUUAUUAAACCUCAUGAGAAACUUUGGAGGGAGUGACUCCUUUAGUGUCUGAUGUACGUGAGGUUUCUGCUUCACACACAGAUUUAGAGAAAUGUGGAUAUAAAGUUUCUCAUUUAUUGAUGUAAAGAAACCAAAGCUGGGUUCUCACAAGAGCUUCAACAGCAAAUAUGUUUGCUUAAUUUUGCCUGGCCUCCAGUUUGAAUUUUGAAUUGAGUUUUAUGUUGGUUUUUCUAUAACAGUAGGAUCACCCUACGCAUGUUUUAUUCUCUGUAGAGGUUUUUAACAGUACAGGUUUGUCAAGCCAAAGGUUAAGAAGCUAGUGUGUAGAUAUGAAGGAGGAGAUUGCUGCUGCUGUGUUUUUCGUGGCUCGGCUGGUGAAGAGAUAUGGCUGCCUGGAUAAUGAUGGAAGGGAGCGCUUUGCUGCUGCCCUCACCUCCGUCCUGUUUGAGAACUACAAGAACCACUGGCACCUGGAUGCACCCAGCAAGGGACAGGCCUACAGAUGUCUUCGUAUGAACCGUGUGCAGCUGCAGGACCCGGUGCUGCAGCAAGCCUGCGAGCAGAGCGCAGUGCGCUACGAGGAUCUGGGCCUUCCCCAGGAGGUGACGGUGUGGGUCGACCCUGGAGAGGUGUCCUGCAGGUACGGUGAACACAGCACUCCAUUCCGCGUCUCAGCAGUGGACAGCUGUCGGCGUGGAGAUGGGGAAUUUUCCCGUCGCGUCCAUGAUGCGGUGGAGCGGGCGAGCCUUGACGUACGAUCGGGAAGCUCUUCAGAAGAGGAGGAGGAGGGUGGUGGAGACACCAGCACAAGUAGCAGCAAUGUAUCGGCUCUCUUCCCUGUUCCAGCCCCACCCACUAACCCUGAACCCAAAACCAUCCCAACUGUCAGCAACCCCAACAGUGUCUACCGGUUCAGCGAGUUUUCUCCAGGCGCCCCUCAGACCUGGUUAAGGGAGAAGCGGAAGGCCUUUGCUGGGGAAGGAUUCCCGCCUCAAGCUCCUCCAGUUGUAGGUCCAUCCUCCCAGUUCGCUGGGCAGAAGGCCUUCAAGUCCUACCGACCCACGUUCACCUUUGCUGGGCCUCGUGUUGACAAGUACCACUGGGUCAGCAAAUCCCGAUCUUAAUGUGAGCAGAACCUUCAGCCCAGAACCACAAUUGGGUUAUUGCACAGGACAACAGCCAUGAUGGCCGAUCAAAGCAUCAUAUAGCCCGUGUUUGCGUGGGGAAAAAGAGUUUCAGGACAGUUUGUCUUAUAGUUUAUUAUUUGUACAUGGUUUAAAAUGUUCAUGAUUUAAUGUAAUGCUGUUUAAGCAUGUUUUUAAACUUUGAAAUAUUCAUGUAUUUUAAAUGUAUUCCUUCUAAAUGCGUUUUUAAACUAAAAUUAAAGUAACUAAAAUAAAGUAACGUUGAACUGUCAUUG